GUUGCCUAAUGGGAUUACCUCUUAUGCCGACGUCAUGGGGAGCUGCUGCAGUUGUCUGUGCAGGGACAGCAUCCCAGACAACCAUCCCACCAAAUUUAAGGUGACGAACGUGGACGAUGAAGGUAACGAGCUGGGAUCUGGGAUCAUGGAGCUGACGCAGACGGAGCUCACCUUGCACACGCACAAGCGGGAUGCUGUCAGGUGGCCCUACCUCUGCCUGCGCCGCUACGGCUACGAUUCCAACCUCUUCUCCUUUGAGAGUGGACGUCGCUGCCAGACAGGGCAGGGAAUUUUUGCGUUUAAGUGUUCCAGAGCAGAGGAGAUCUUUAAUUUGCUCCAGGACCUGAUGCAAUGUAAUAGUAUCAAUGUAGUGGAAGAGCCUGUUGUCAUCACCAGGAACAGUCAUCCCACAGAGCGGGAGCUGUCUCGGACUCCCCAGGCAUCCAACAGUCUAGGGUACACUGUCCCAGGGCUUCCCAAUGGAUUUCACAGCUUCCCUGGAGAAACCCUAUCUUACUCCACAGCUCGUCCCCCCUCCGUGAGCAGCCUGAGACAUUCUUCUGUUGGUGAAGACUCUACCCAUGCCCUCAUUGGACCUGAUGAGCAGUCCCACACCUAUGUGAACACAACCAGUGGUGAGCAGGAGCUGCGGGGCCGGCACUGUAUGCACUCCUUGCCUGAAGUCCACCCUCCUUUCCCCCAUAGGAACCACAGCUGCUCCCUGGAAGACCGCAAUCCCCAGGUCUUUCUGCAGCCGGGGGAGGUUAAGUUUGUGUUAGGCCCCGCGUCCACCUACAGGCACGUGGUGAAGCGAGACAGCACCUGCCAGCACCCGCGGGAGCCCGGCCUCACGCCUCCCGCCGCCCACCGGACGGACUCCUAUGCGGUCAUUGACCUCAAAAAGACAGCAGCCAUGUCCAGUUUGCAAAGGGCCCUGCCGAGAGACGAUGGGACUUCGAGGAAAACUCGACAUAACAGCACUGACCUGCCUCUGUAAGGGGAACGCCGAGUGCGAGCACCGUGUUGUGGCUUCGGUAUCUGCCCGUCACUGUGUUGCCCAGCGUGACUUUCGUUUGCCAUUGCCUUCUGCUUUCCCGUUUACCCCGUUACCUGGCGUCAUGGGAUGGCUCCUGUAGCUCACGUGAAGGCUGAUCUGUUUGCAGGUCUUC